ACGCCUAUCUCCUCUUUAAAAGCAUGAGUACAGGGCUAUGCCCACAGGCCACAGACAUUACCACGCCUCGCACAAUUGUCGCCAGGCGAGACAAGGGGAAGGUCUCGGACAGCUAGCAAGAGAGCAAGGCGAUGUCAAUGGUGGACGAGCAGUACGACGCUGGCCCGCCCCAGGCGCCGCACGGGCUGCUGCUGGCGGUCGUGGUGGGGCUGCUGGUUGUGUGGCCGCUUUUCCUGGGUCGCGGCGGCGAGGCGGUCACCGAUGCCAUCGCCAAUGCCAUCGCCGAGCUGCUCGGCCCCGUGGGCCUGCUCCUCCUCCCGGUGGGGCUCCUCCUCCUCAUCCACCUCCUGUCCUCCGACGCCGCGCCCGACGCCCUGCACCACGUCGCGGGAUCCCCCAUCGGCGUGGCGCUCAUGUUGGUCCUCAUCCUCGCCUUCCUCUACUACCGGUCGGCGCUCUUCCGCAGCGGCGGAGACGACGACGAGUAGGCGCCUGCCAGUAGGUAGAGUCUCAUGUCGGGGUGGCUGGUUGGUUGUUCUUUUCCAUGUGCCUGUUCUCUUCCACCACCGGCCAGCAGGCAGCAGUAAAUAACAAAGUGACAACUUUGCGUUUAACGUGUUGCAUUCCAAUCUUGGUUCUACUGGCAUCCAUCUCGCGUUCGCGUUCCCAAAGACAG